UCAGCUCACCCAGGGGGUGGCUGUCACGGUGGCCACGAGGAUGCUCAUCGAAGAGCUCAGCCGCCGACUGUUCAUGCUCGAGAGGGGCGGCAAGUGGUCCAGAUGGAAAUCUGUGUUGUAGGCGGUCCGGCAGUGGAAGAUAAUCAGCUGGGGGUUCGCUGUGGGAGACCAACAGAUGCGACUGAUGGAUGGCGACAAGAUUCUCGCCUUCCCACCCUCUUCACCACGCCCACCUCCCUCUUCCCUCAUCCUGGAAGCUCUGGCUUGGUUGUGUUGACAGCGUGUCGGUGCUGCGUUUCCCCUCAAUCUGCACAAGCGUGACCGACAGAGAGCAAUGACUUUCUCUCUUGCUGAUGUGUCGUCUGCUUGUGCCCCUCGGUGUCCCUCGCCUGUACCACAAUGUCGGUCUUUGUGUUGACUGCUCCACGUGUGUCCUCAGCAGCGCCUGAAACACAGAGACGAACCCAAACGGACGAACACGUGCAAUCCCACACGCCCUCCCGCAGCUCCAUCAUAUCAUUCCCCAAUUCUUCGCCACUCCCCCUGCACUACACACCAUCCCUUGAUAUGAGAAAGACCACCCAACUCACCUUUCUGUCAGUGUUCGCCCGCGGACCUGGCCUCAU